AUGGAUAACCGUGAGGGAGUAUUGAACCUGAAGUCCUCAAGAAAAGGUUUCAAAGGAGUGACCAAAAGAGCAAAAAGGGCAGCUCUUGAUGCUAUUCAAACUCAUGUUGAUGGCACUGACCCCUACCUUUUGGAGCUCAAACUUCAGACGUGGGAGUCGAAACUCAAUCGGUUCCAGGAUGCAGAAGAGGCGGUGAUGUGUCACCCGGAUGCGGAUGACAAUGAUAUCGACAAGGACCUGGACGCCCAUGAGGACAAUUUCGACAAAGCACGACUUAAAGUCAGAGGCAUUCGUCAAAAUUUUGAUCAAUCUAUUUUGAGUUCCCAACCUCAAGCUUCGCCGAUUCCGCCUUCUCAAUCUCCAUCUACUGGACUCCCCAAUCUGAAUGUGAAGCGUCCACCUAUCUUGGAGGAAGACACGAAUCUGAGGUCAUUUCUUCAAUGGUGUCCUUUGUGGAGGAAUUAUUCCAACUUGAUUGCCUUACCAAAACGAGACCACACAACCCAAGUAUCCUUGUUGUGGGAGUGCUGUAGUCCCGGGUUCCUUCAGAUUGUUCAUCAUUCCUUGGACAUUCGACCAGACACUGGUCGAGAAGUAGACGACAUUUUGGGCAUCAUCAAAGAUUACCUGAGGAGUCUCCGCAGUGUUCACUUGGACAUGCGUGAUCUUCUCCAAGUGAGACAAACGGAUGGACAAGACUACACCAGCUUGUGCAAUGUGAUUCGGGAGUUGGCACAAUUUGCCGAUUUAGCCCAUAUUACUGAAGACAGACUUCUUAUUGCGUUACUGCUCCAGGCCAUGAAGAGUGAGUCAGAUAGAGCCCAUCUAAUGGAGAAGAACUUCAAGACGUUCGACGAAGCUCGCCACUGUAUUUUGGAAAUGGAAACGUCUCGUCGGGGAGCCAGGGGAAUGACAGAUUCGUUGACUCGCCUAAACGCUGUCAAGACGAAAUUCAAGUCCAAUUAUAAGUCCCUGAAAAACAAGAAUUUGGAAAAGGCUGUUGCUUGUGGAUUUUGUGGACACUCCGCCCAUCCAAAAGACAAGUGCCCGGCUCAGAAGGCCAAAUGCCGAAUUUGUCAUCAAAUUGGACAUUGGGACAAGGUGUGUCGAAACAAGAAUGUCAAGACGGAUAAGUACUCGUCUGAAACUCGUGUUGGUUCCGUCAAAUUACAAGUUGCUUCGAAGGGUGGAACGAAUUUAAGGUCCAAUGAGAUUGAAGUUGAAGUCUUACCGUCUCAUUGUCACGUCAAGUCAAAACCGGUCAGAGUGGUUUUCUGUGCCGAUACUGGAGCCGACAUUUCGGUCAUGGGCGAAUCGGUACUCCAGGAGACCAAACUAAAGGAUAUGGUCGUUUUAUCCGAAAAGUUCCAAGAUUAUAUCAUUGGAAUCGAUGGAAAGCCGGUGAAGCAGAUUGGAAUGUUCCACGCGAACUUGGAAAUCAAUGGCAUUUUUGCAUCCAACGUUCCAAUCGUGGUAUGCCAGGAUUUGCAGGAUGCGUUCCUCAGUUUGAGCGCUUGUAAGGCAUUGACUAUUGUUGAUGACAAUUUCCCAAGUCCGAGGUCUCAAAUUGCUUCCUUGUUGGUCCCGAAAUCCGAUCGAUCUCUACAUCCAAUGCCUGAAAUUUGGAAGAAUCGCGAGUUAUGGAUUUCUCAAUUGUCUGUGGAAGCAUCUGCUACCGAUGUUUUUGAAAGGAUCGAAAGCAAAUUGAGGACCAUAUACUCUCGCGCUUUUGAAACUGGAGCUCUUCGACCAAUGAAGGGUCCAGUUGUGGGUGAUCCUAUGAUCAUUCAUUUGAAGGACAAUGCCAAGCCAUUUGCGAUUCAUGUGGCUCGCAACAUCCCGUUUGCUUACGAGGAUAAGACUAAAUUGGCUUUGGAAAGCAUGGUGGAGCAAGAUAUUAUUGGUCCGGUGGGCGAUGAUCCUACAGAGUGGUGCCACCCUAUCGUUGUUGUUCCGAAGGGUGAUGGGGAUGUUAGAAUAUGCGUUGACCUUACCCGUUUAAAUACAGAGGUCAAGAGGAGCGUACAUCCCAUCAAAACACCAGCCGAGGCUAUCUCUGGAUUUAACCACGGGCAGAAGUAUUUCGCCAAGUUAGACUUGGUGAAGGGAUAUUGGCAGAUGCCUCUCGCCGAGGAAUCCCAACAUUUAACGACGUUUUUAACACCAUUUGGGAAAUUCAAAUUCCUGAGAUCACCCAUGGGAUUUGUAUCCACGGGUGAUUCUUUUUCAUAUCGGGGAGAUGUGGCCAUGGCGGGUUUGGACAUUCAAAAAGUGGUGGACGAUAUGGCAGUUGGAGCUCCUGACAUACCUAACCUUAUUCGUAGUGUCAGUGAUAUUCUGGAGAGGUGCGUUAAAUUUGGAUUGACAGUCAAUGCCAAGAAAAGUGUUUUGGCUGCUUCGAUGAUCAGUUUUGUUGGUUUCAUUAUUUCUCCUGGAACAAUCACACCGGACCCUGCCAAGAUAGAAGCCAUCCAAAAAUUUCCCAUUCCCGCCACCUUGACCGAUCUCCGAUCUUUUCUCGGUUUGGCGAAUCAACUGGGUAAAUUUUUACCAAAUCUAGCCUGUCUGACGUCCCCGUUGAGAGGUUUAUUGAAGGCCAAAAAUCAAUUUCAAUGGCUUUCCGAUCACACCAAAGUGUUUGAGGAGACCAGACAAGCAUUGACGUCCCCGCCAGUUCUGGAUAAGUUUGAUCCAUCAUUGGAUGUCAUUCUCCUGACGGAUGCUUCGCGACUUGGAUUGGGAUAUGCAUUACUCCAAAUGCGAAAUGAAGUCCCAAGGCUCAUUCAAUGCGGAUCACGUUACUUAAAGGAUUGUGAAACCCGUUAUGCGGUGAUAGAACUUGAAGCUUUGUGCAUUUAUUGGGCGAUCAAAAAAUGUCAUUUAUAUCUUGCUGGUAUCAAUUUCAAGGUGGUUACGGAUCAUAAACCCCUGAUCCCGAUUUUUAACCGUCAAGCAUUGGUUGAAAUCGAGAAUCCCCGGGUUCAAAAUUAUAGAACGAGAUUGUUGGCUUACAAUUUUCAUGUGGAUUGGAAGCAGGGUAUAUCCCAUGCCAUCCCAGAUGCCCUUUCUCGUGCCCCGGUGUCCAACCCGGAGAACGACUCGUCGGACCCAGAUGAUUCGGAGGAAUUAUUCCAUUUUAAAUUGGCUGUCCUCAAGGUGGAACAACCCGAUCUUAUUCUUGACGACCUCGUGGCAAUGGCCCGAGAGGAUGGUCCUUAUGGGGACCUCAAGAAGGCUGUCCUUUCUGCGACGAUCAAGGAAGCCAAGUCUGGUUAUGUAGCCUUAUUCAAGAAGGUGGCCUCCGAAUUGUCCAUUGAGGGAGAUCUCGUCCUUCGUGGAAGGAGGAUAGUCAUUCCACCCAGUGCUGUUAAGAACAUUUUGAAGAAACUUCACGCUGGACAUCAAGGCGUAGAAAAGACGAAGAGGAGAGCUCGUCAGAUCAUUUAUUGGCCCGGUUUCACUUCGGAUAUAGCUAAUACUGUGGCCGCUUGUCCGGAAUGUCUUUAUUUUCGGCCUUCCCAUCAACCCGAGCCCCUCAUUCAAGAUGAUCUACCUACGAGACCCUUCCAAGUUGUUACUGCGGAUAUUUUCACCUACGAUCGGAAUGAUUACCUCGUGUACAGUUGCCGGUUGUCUGGAUUUCCAACUGUCAAAAAAUAUGCUACUUCCCCGUCUUCAUCUCAGAUCAUGAAAGAUUUUCUGGGAUUAUUUGCUACAUUUGGUGUUCCUAACGUCCUACGUACGGACAAUGGGCCUCAAUUUGCCUCGUCACAAUUCGGUCAAUUCCUUACCAAAUGGGGUGUUCAAUGGAAGCCGUCCUCACCAUACUACCCGCAAAGCAACGGACACGCAGAAGUCAUGGUGAAGUCUAUGAAAUACAUGUUGGCCAAGACGGGAGGAAACAUUCAUUCUGGGGAGUUUGCGGAGGCGUUACUCGAAUUCCGGAACAGUCCUCAGAACGAUGGUCUAUCGCCGGCUCAGAGAGUAUUUGGUCGGCCCAUUCGCUCUCGAAUUCCAACUUUGGAGGACAUUCUCCAGUCAGCAACCAAAGGAGAGGAUUUAGAUCGAGCUGAAGCAAAGCGGAUGAAAUUGGAUCGAUCCCGCAAGAUCUCUUACGAUCAGCCCUCUCACCAUUUGAUGCCUUUGGCUAAUGGGAGCCUCGUUUCCGUCCAGAAUCCACAAUCGCGGCGGUGGGACAGAUCGGCCAAGAUCCUCAAAUCUUAUGGCCGGAGAUAUCUUGUGGAGUUUGAGACUGGCAACAAGUCUUGA